UAAAAAUAUUUCUCCGUGCAGAGAAAAAUCUCAGCGCGACGCACGCACAUCUCCAUCGGUAUGUGGCAAGGCAAACGAGAAUAGAAAACCGACGCUACUCUUUCUCUCCUUUCUCUUCUUCACCAACACCAUCGCAAGCAGCAAAAUGAUGGGUAUGUGGACGAGUACAGUCGAUGAUGAAAAUCAGAGUACCGUAGUACAGUGAGCAGUCCACGUCGCACGGAAAAUCUGCAUCGAAGAAAGAACAAAUUAGUUCCGACAAGCCUAGUGAAAGUGCGCAGUGGAUGUGUGGCAAAAAGUAAAACUUUCAACCCGCACGUCGCCCAAGGAUUUUGCCGGGGCGUGUGAUCCGUAACUAUAAAGUGCUGUUAAGCUAGGAGUGUGAAAAUUAGCCGCGCUCAAAAAGGCAACCAUAUUGGAUCAAGAACCAUUAGUGAUAAAAGGCGAAUAGAGUGCGGUGGUGACGCUAUCCAUCCGCCAUCUUUGAAGAUCGGACGAACAACCUUCCACGCGGACGGAAUCGAUGAGUAAAUUCCAUUCCAUCCCGUAACAAGACCUCUUAAAAGCAGUUACGACGUCCAGGACGAAUCCAUCGGAUGCAACCCAGGCAGGGACCGCAACCACUACCGGAUUUCCCUCGCCAAAGUUCAGGCCACUCGCGGAAAGCAUACACGUCGCUAGAGCGAAACGAACGACGGUCGUUUGAUUCAGCCAGCCUAGAAGUCGAUCACUUCGCAGAGAACCUCCACGUCCAUCCUUCGGUUCAAAAACAAAGCCUUCCCUCGGAAGGCUUUGUUUCUCUAUUUACAGCUAAUCCACACACGGAUAGUGGCAUCGGACUUGUUCGAACCAGGUGCGACCGCGAGGUGGCUGCGAACUAUCGGUCGGGAGUUGAGUCAAGCCCGGAGAGGGCCGAACCACUGGUCCACCGAAAGACGCCUUCGACAGCCGCAGUAUACGACACUGAGUUGCAACCGCAAGUCUUGGUCAGACGUCGUGAAGGCAUAGUACACCAGCGAGCGAGCCACGGCUGCACUGCAGGGUAGUGUGGAAUCAUGUGCGGAAGGGUGACAUCCAUGAUGAUGGCGGCGGCCAGAACAGCGAUUACGUUAGGGGCGCCCCAAUAGUGAGUACAAGAUGGAAAAUUAGCACAUAAGUAGAAAUUCAAAAGAGAAAAGGAAGGCAGGCAAGCUAGAGUAGGAUGAGGCUUAGAAGGAGAUAAGAAAAUGUCCUUUGAAUAAAAUAUGUACACUUUAUUCAGAUUUGUGUUGGAGUUUAGUUUGUUUGGCAUGCCACCCCUUUGAGCUUUCCGGGACUGAUCGAGAUUCUCAUUCCCUCCUCGACAGAACGGCAACAUUGCUGCUAGACAAACAGGCAAGAUAUGGAUGGAAUGGAUGGAAUUCCGGAAAAUUUUAGACUGGUUAUAAUCUCUCACACUGGACCUUUAGUUCGAAUGCCGAUUUAUUUCUUAGCGAUUUAAUCACAGUUUACAGCUAAAACAAACCAUGUGUCAGUUACUUCCGAUUGUGUUAUGCUUAGUGAGAUUAGAUUUUUGGACGGAAAAGUUAUCUGCUUUCAAGUAGAUAAAAAUCAUUAUGAUUAAUGUUAAAAUUUUACUAGUUAUGCGAUAAAUACAUGCUCUGCUCAAUAUGAUUCUUGUUCUGUUAAAAUAAUUAUUGAAGUAAAACUAUGAUUCCUUUUGGUGCACUAGAUCUUCGGACGGAUUAAUCUACAAAGUUUGUAUGCACUGUCUUCCCGUAGAGAUGAUUAUACUCUUUGCUGAUUUAGUAUGAUUUGAAUGUCUUAACA